CUGCGAUGUCCCCUGCUUACUAGUUCCCUUUCCUCAGGGUCGAUAUUUCUCACAUACUAUUGUAUCUCUGCACAUAUAUAUCUUCUCCUAAUAUUGCCAUCUCCUCGUUUGUUGGGGUGGCGCUCUUCCGUUAAUCCAGCGUCGCCGCAUCCCAACCCCCGUGGUCUGGCCCGCACCACGAUCCGGUGGGUUGCGGUCUUCUUGCAAUGAGCUUGACUUCGCGUGUCUUGGGCUUCUUUGCGACGACAGAGUCACCUUCGUCAGAUCCCUCCGUGUCCACACCCUCUUCUCAGAAUGGCCCGAUUGACUCCCGUUCAACGACGCCGAUAAGCGCAACCAGCGACCAUCAUCUUCAGAAUGCACAUAUCCACCAUGACGAGGAGGAGGAGCCUCGUCCGCCAUACCUACACGCAAUGUUUGCCGGAGGCAUCGGUGGCACCUGUGGUGACAUGCUCAUGCACUCCUUAGAUACUGUCAAAACCCGUCAACAGGGUGACCCCCAUUUCCCUCCCAAGUACACCUCGAUGACCUCCUCAUAUGCGACCAUCUACCGACAAGAGGGUAUCCUCCGCGGUCUGUAUGGUGGAGUGACUCCUGCGCUCUUCGGAUCAUUCCCGGGUACCGUCAUCUUCUUUGGAACUUACGAGUACACCAAACGUAUCAUGUUGGAUGCGGGGAUUAACGCGAAUUUAGCGUAUCUUUCUGGUGGCUUCUUCGCGGACUUGGCUGCCUCGAUUGUCUACGUUCCCUCGGAAGUGUUAAAAACUCGCCUGCAAUUACAGGGGCGCUAUAAUAAUCCUCAUUUCAACUCCGGAUACAACUAUCGCUCGACUACGGAUGCGCUGCGCACAAUUAUUCGUCAGGAAGGAUUUCCCGCGCUGUACUACGGAUACCGGGCGACGAUUUACCGUGACCUUCCCUUCUCCGCGCUUCAGUUUGCCUUCUACGAACAAGAGCAGCGGCUCGCAAAAGAAUGGGUGGGCUCCCGCGACAUCGGACUCGGCCUGGAGAUCCUGACGGCCGUUACCGCGGGUGGUAUGGCGGGUGUGUUGACAUGCCCGAUGGACGUGGUCAAGACACGUAUUCAGACCCAGCAGAAUCCCGAGAGCACGCCAUCAACUCGUCCGUCGGGCUCUUCGCAUUCGGCAGCGGAUCAUGCAUCGACCAAAGAGGGACCGCGCCACCAGGCGGCGUCGCAUACGACGUCGAGCCUCCGCACGCAUUCGCGCCCAAUCUCCACCUCGGGAGCCUCCACGUCGGUUAAUCCGCCCGGGGCUCCCCGUUUGGACACAUCAUCGUUCUUCACUGGCUUGAAGAUGAUCUACCAGACGGAAGGCCUCGCAGGCUGGUUCCGCGGGGUUGGGCCUCGUGGUGUGUGGACCAGCAUCCAAAGUGGAACGAUGUUGGUGAUGUACCAAUACUUGCUGAAAAAAUUUGAGGAGUGGGAAAACAGAAAGGAGUUUGACCCUCUUUGAAUUUGAGCUGAGGCUCGGACAGGUCAUUGUCCGCUGUAGAGAGAAAAGGGAGGAAGCUGGAGCAUAUUGAUGCAUCCUCGACGGGGUCUAUUGGGAGGGCGUUCCGGCAGGGGUGCGGCAUGACCAUUUAUUUUACUCAUUUCUUUUUCUUUUUCUUUUUUUUUUUUUUUCUUUCUGUGUCUUUUCU